AACAUGCUGCUUUAUUUCAUGACAACAACUGCAGUUUGACCUCGGACGGAACCUGAACCGGAUGACAAUAUUUGAAAGCGUCUUUCUCAUCGUUUCUAACGACAAAAGAGCCGCUGGCUGGCGUGUCAUCUGAUGGCCAUGAGUCCGAUCACCGUAGUGAUAUUAACAUCUUUCCUCAACGUAUAAGCAGCGGAAUCUGUCAAGAUGGCUUCAGAGUCCGUGAAGGUGGUCGUCAGGUGUCGACCCCUGAAUGACAGGGAGAAGUCGAUGAACUGUAAAAUGGUCGUUUCUAUCGACACCGGUCGCUGUCAGUGCUUUAUUGAGAAACCCGGAGCCACUGAAGAGCCUCCGAAACAAUUCACGUUUGACGGGACUUAUUACACCAACCAGUCCACUGAACAGAUGUACAACGAGAUCGCAUAUCCUCUGGUGGAGGGUGUAACCGAGGGCUACAAUGGGACAAUUUUUGCAUAUGGACAAACAGGAAGUGGCAAGUCGUUCACCAUGCAAGGUGUUCUGGAUCCUCCAUCCCAGAGGGGAAUCAUCCCCAGAGCUUUUGAACACAUCUUUGAGACAAUCCAGUGUGCAGAGAACGCCAAAUUCCUCGUGCGCGCCUCUUACCUUGAGAUUUACAAGGAGGAGAUCAGAGACCUUUUGGGAAAAGAAACAAAACAGAAGCUGGAGCUGAAGGAACAUCCUGAGCGUGGUGUGUACGUACGGGACCUCUCCAUGCAUACAGUCCACAGCGUUGGGGAAUGUGAGCGGAUUAUGGAUCAGGGCUGGAGGAAUCGCUCUGUGGGCUACACGCUCAUGAACAAAGAUUCCUCACGCUCACAUUCCAUAUUCGCUAUUCACCUGGAGAUCUGUAACACAGAUGCUGCUGGUGAGGAACAUCUGCGAGCCGGUAAGCUCAACCUCGUGGAUCUCGCAGGAAGUGAACGGCAGUCCAAAACUGGUGCUACUGGAGACCGCCUUCAGGAAGCCACCAAGAUCAACUUGUCCCUCUCUGCUCUCGGCAACGUCAUAUCCGCUCUGGUGGACGGUCGCUCCAAACAUAUCCCGUACCGUGAUUCCAAACUCACGCGUCUGCUUCAGGACUCGCUGGGCGGAAACACGCGAACCCUUAUGGUGGCCUGUCUCUCACCUGCCGACAACAAUUACGAGGAGAGCCUCAGCACUCUGCGGUACGCCAACCGCGCCAAGAGCAUCCAGAACCGCCCGCGCAUCAACGAGGACCCUAAAGAUGCCCUCCUGCGCGAGUACCAAGAGGAGAUCAAGAAAUUACAGGCGUUAAUCUCCGGUCAGAUGGGUUCUGCCGACCUCACCUCUCUGUUGGCAGGUCAAAGGUCAGGAGGUGAUUCAACUGUCUCGUCUCGACCUCAGAGCAACACGUCAGAGAGCGAAGCGGAGAAAGACAGGAUCAAAGAGGAAUAUGAGAAGAAGCUCUCCAGACUGCAGGCAGAGUAUGAUGCAGAACAAGAGUCCAAAGCCAAACUUCAGGAGGACAUCGUUGCAUUGAGGACAUCAUAUGAGACUAGACUGUCCUCUCUGGAGAGAUUCAGAGCUGGCCGAACACGUUCCACUGAUGUGGACCAUCACAAAGAAGAGCUCAUCGCUGAAGUUAUGGCUAAUGGUGACGAACAGGCAAAUGUCGACCAAGAUAUACUUGAGGAGAGUCAGUCAGUGAUGGUUGAUGCCAGUGUGCAAGGAGGUCCAAGUGGAGAAAGUUCGUCUCUAGGUACGGUUGUGGUGGCCACACCGGGUCAGCUGGACCAGAGACAUGUAUUAGAAAGGCUGAAGCAACUGGAGCAGGAGUUUGUGGGUGGAGAGCAGGUGAGGAACGAGGAGCUCAAGCAGAGACACAGACAGAGGAAGACGUUGGCCGAUCAGAGGAAGAAGCAGCUAAUAGAAGCUCUGAGUCAGAGCAGUGAGGAGAGCGACAGCGUGCUGCUUAACGUCUAUGACUCCAUUCAAGAAGAAGUUCAUGCCAAGAGCAGACACCUGGAGAACACACAGAAGAAGCUCAGAGCUGCAAAGCUGGAGAUCAGAGACCUUCAGGCCGAGUUCGAGAUGGAGAGAGAUGACUACCUCGCCACCAUCAGACGUCUGGAGCGGGAAGGCCAGCUCCUGCAUGGAAUUCUGGAGCGCAUGGCACCCCUGGUGCGCAGGGACUGUAACUAUAGCAACCUGGACCGGCUGCGGAAGGAGGCGGUGUGGGAUGAGGAGGGAGGGGUGUGGAGGCUGCCAGAGGUUGUGGUGCAGAAAACUACCUUACCUGCAGUUCCUCCCCCGGGACCCAGUGGCUUUGGCAGACUUUCAGCACGCAGGAAUUCUGCGUCAGACCUGGUCGACCCAUUUGUGCAGGUGGAGGAAGAGGAUCGAUAUAAGGAGAUGCUGGACCGCAGUGAUAGUGAACAUAUCGCCACCAACUACUUCAAGCUGAAACGGACCAGUCAGUUGUUGGCCGGAGACUCGAAUAAAACCACAAUGAUUUAUUCUGGUACGAUCAGUAAUGGUCCAGGCCAUCAGAGCUCCAGUGGAUCAAAUUUAUCCCCCUUAUCUACAGAAUGUCCCCUUCCACGUCCCUUCCGAUUGGAGUCUCUGGGAGUUCUGCCUGCAAACGGCAAAAUAAAACGCAAGAAGAGCAAAAUGCUCAUCCCAACCGAAGGCAACUGACACCACACGCCUUUCAAAUAGUUUUAUAAGAGCCCAGAGCUCUUUAUUUUUUAAUAAGCUGCUUCUGACGCUGUAUUAAGGCCGUUUUUUAAUUACUAGUGAUGUGUGCAGGGUACAUUUAUGACAGUGCUUGUGAUUUUCAGUGGCACAUAAUGUGAUUUGUAAACACUGUAUGAAACAUAGGAUAGGACAUAGAUAAAAGAAUUUAAACUACCUAAUGCAGAACUAACUGAUUUGUGAUUUUGUAGUUUCAGCACAUACUGUAAAACUCACAUUUCCUAUUUUUUUGCAAAAAACAAAACAAAUCUUAUUACCUGCUACCCAUGGUGUUUUAUGUAAGAAAUAAA